AUGGACGCAGGAGAUGAAUAUUCAAACUUAAAACGUUUGGAGACAGGCAGCAGUAAAAUACGUAACAAUAAACGUCACAACCAACAACAACAAAAGAAAAAUUCUCAACAACAACGACAAACUCAAAAGGAAAGAAGUAAAAAUAACGACAAACGUAAGUCAAACCUUAAAUAUCAAAAAGAGCAGGAAAAAACUAUAGAUAAAAAAACACAUAAAUUAGCAAGUAGAGGUAAGACUAAUGAGAUAAAAAUUCAAUGUAUUGGCGAAGAAAUAGCUGAAGAUGUCAGAUCAAUUGCAAGCAUCACAACAAAUCUGGCAUCUGAAAGCGAGGAAACAAGUGACGAUUCCUCCUUCUGUCGGCAUUGUUUGCGUCCACAGUCUGAAUUGCAAUUACGUUUUAUAAAACAACGUCAACGUAUGAAGGAGCAGCAACAGCAACAACAGCAACAGCAAAAACAACAACAACAGAAUCACCACAGGCAACGCAAACGCAGCAAACACAGACAACAACAAAAUCGUCAAAAUCGUCAUAACAGAAGUAAAAGUAAUCGUAGAGACGCAAGACAAGGUACGAAUCAAAUACUGCCAACACGGCGCGUAGACUUAAAUGCUGCCAAUGAAGAAGCUAUACGUUUUCGUUGUCCACAAGUUGGACCGCAAUUUGGACGUGACGUUCACCUGCCGCCAAUGCAUUUUCACCAUCCGCAAAUACAGCAACAAUUCGCAUAUCAACAGCAACAGCAAUUGCAACAAUAUCAAUAUACACACCCAUACAUCUAUACACACACACAUACACAUCAACAUCAAUAUCAACCACAACAACAACAACACUGUACAAUUAUCACAAUUGAAUGCGAACCAAAUGAACAACAUAAUCAAAAUGCAAAUCAAAAAUUAUCGCCAACUUUAACUGCCACAGCAACUACCAAUGGACAAUGUUGCACCCAAAGCUUACGUACAAAAACUAGUACGGCUGGUAGCAGCUACAGUAGCCGACAUGUCAGUCCGGCGCAUAUCGGUUCCACUGUCGCUGCUGACGAGUCACGGCAACAGCAGCAACAUUUUUCACAACUGCCACUAGCACAGUCAGCCACAGCCAGCAGUGAUGUUGCUGCUGUCGUUGGACCAGAAGUUGAAGAGCAACGACAAGACCGGGAACCAACAACUCCUGACUCACCUUCGCUAGUAAAGGUGCGCACUUGGUACACUGUGGCAAAACAGGGUGUCUCCUGCUAA